AUGAUCUGCCAACGGUGCCGCACCGGUAUUUUGUCCCGGCUACAGCAGCCCCAGACCGUUACGCUGUCUAUCCCGUCACGCGCACGCCAGUUUCCCAUUCAGCGAAGCCAAUUCCGCAACUACAGUGAUGGAAAGCCUACCGUAUCGGCUACUCCCCCUCCGCCCACCCCUCGUCAGCCUGCCGGUGCUGAUAUCACGAUCCCGUCGGCCGUGUCGUCCGCCACCCCUGGCGUGUCCCAACCGUUGAGCACCCCGGAGGGUGUUCACGCUGAUGUCAACCCCGAGAAGCCCAAGAAGGCUGCUGUGGAACGUCCCCCGAGCUCUUGCGCUGCUGGCCAGAAGAUGAACGGACUGAACUACUUCAAGAACAAGCCCGACGUUGUGGCCUUGGAGGAUGCGGAAUACCCCGAAUGGCUGUGGUCGUUGUUGGACGACUCCAAGAAGAACAAGACCGCAACGGGCGGUGUUGACCCGAGCACCUUGAACAAGAAGCAGCGCAAGCGCUACGAGAAGAAGAUGGCCGCCCGUGCCGCGACCCUGCCUCCCCAGAUCCCCAUCCACCAUCACGCUACCGAUAUUACCCCAGCUGCAUACAACGCCGAUGCUAUCCCCGCGGAUGUGCUCGAAGCCGCUGCCGAGAGUCUCGACAAGCGUACCGAAAUUAGACGGAGUGCCAGAGAGGCGCGGAGAAAGGGUAUCCGGGAGGACAACUUCUUGCGCGGUCUCUAA